UUUGGUGCAGCUUUUCUCAGACGCCGCCCUAGUGGAGGCUGCAGGCAUGGCGGCUUGAAGCCCCCAUAGCCCCGCCCCUCCGACAGAGGAAGGCUGCAGAGCUGUGUGUCAUGCCCCUCCACACCCACCCUCCCGGGGGUAUUGGCCUGCCCCCACCCAGCUCUUCCACCCACCACCUGACCAGACCUGUCUUCCUCUGUGUCCUCUGCAUGCUGGCGACGCUGCUGCCGGCCGCUUCCUCUUGCCCCCCCCCCUGCCUCUGCGACUCAGACAGGCUGGUGGUGGACUGUGGGGGCCGGGGCCUCUCCUCCCUCCCUCCCCUACACCUCCUGCCCCCGGGGAGCCGCUCCCUCCUGCUGGCCAACAACAAGCUGGCAUCGCUGGGAGCCUCUGCGUUCGCUAACCUCUCCUCGCUGGAGGAGCUGGACCUCUCUAACAACUACCUGGACAAUUUACCAGCUGGAUUAUUCAGAGACAUGUCCAACCUGACAAGACUGACUCUGCACAACAACUCCCUAACAGUGAUGGACAGAGACCUCUUCCAGGGUAUAGGGGGUCUUCAGAGUCUGGAUCUGUCCCUGAACGGUCUGUCCUCUGUUCCUCUGGGACUACUGGAUGGGCUGCAGAGCCUCAGGUGGCUGUCUCUAGCGGGGAACAGGCUUCACGGUUUGGAGAGGGCAGCGUUUGAGCCCCUUGCCAACCUACAACACCUGGAACUGGGACACAACCCCUGGGAAUGUGACUGCAACCUCCGCGAUUUCAAACACUGGAUGGAGUGGCUGUUGUACAGAGGGGGGAAGGUGGACGCGGUGGAGUGCACGCUACCGAAGGAUCUGCGUGGACGAGACAUCCGCGGCGUGCCGGUGGAAAUGUUCAACUACUGCCUCCAACUCGAAGAUGAGAACGGGGGAGGAGGUGAGGGUUCUCGUUCAGGACAAGGAGUUUCUCCCUGCAGCAAGAACGCUCUUAACCCCAGCGGGGCAACACCAAUUACUGACAACACUGAUGACUCCUCUUCCAACACGAGAGGCGGAGAGGCGCCGUCGGAAUGUGUCCGCACCCGGUACCGACCCGUGAGCGUGCGGCGCGCUAUCGGCACCGUGGUGAUUGCAGGUGUAGUCUGCGGCAUCGUUUGCAUCAUGAUGGUUGCAGCGGCGGCUUACGGCUGCAUCUAUGCCUCGCUGAUGGCCAAGUACCAGAGAGAGCUGAAGAAGAGGCAGCCACUGAUGGGAGACGGAGAUGGAGAUGGGGAUGAUAGGGAGGACAAACAGAUUUCCUCUGUGGCGUAGAGGAGUGACGGGGGAGGGCUGGCGUGUCAAAGGAUGAAGGUUGGAAGGGUGACAUUUAAAAAGGGCUCGAAGAGGAGAGCGAUGGACAAGCUGGUUUUAUGCACACGUACAGUUAUGGUAUCUCUCCCACUGACGAACAAAACCAACACUUUUUUUUCACUUCCUUUGCUUUGUCCUCUUUCUAUUUUUAGCCUUCUCCCUCUCUGAACCUCUCUCUAACAACUCAUAUACACACACCUUAUCUGUUCCCUGAUUUUCUCUUCCUUUCAGACCCAUUCUCACUGCAGUAUUUGCUAUCGAACAUCCCUCCAACUCGCCUACCAACCACCUACUGCUGCUCUUGGCUGUUGCUGAAUUUACCAAUAUGUAUCAGCUGAUAGAAAAAGGAUUCAGCAAUCUCUCCAGUAUGAAACAUAUCCUGUAAGCGAUUACAAGACCCUUGUGGGGAACAGCAUUUGUGAAAUUGGAUUGAAUUUUCAGGGAUUUACAGUAUUUAUGGUGUUUAUUCACAACCGUGACAAAAACUUUUAGUAUUAGGUAGUGCCCGUCUUUAGUUUUGUUCGUAGUUUUCUCCUCCUCAACCUCUCCUAAGACAGUUUUUCCUCCAAGAAACCAGGACCCCAGCCCAGAUCCCUUCACCCUCAUCUGGCCAAAUGCUGCUCUGAUGUUCCCUUGGACCUCCAAGACCCAAAUAAACAGUGUUUGAGGAAAUGAGGGAAACGUAUUGGAUAAAACACAAAGAGAUGUCAUUUAUGUCUACUCUAUGUAGCGCUUUGUUCCAGAGAGAAUACUGGGGAUACAGAUGAUAUGUUGAUAGGAAAUCAAACAGAGUCUCAUGAGGAUCGUGUCUCUUGAGACUUGUUAGGGAUGUUCAAUGUGGAACACAUUUGGUUCGACAAAAUGAUUAUUCACGACUGCCAGACCUUUCAAUUACAUAAGGUCACACAACGGACAUCCUCCCUCCUAUUCGGACCAGAUCUGUUUCUCUCUGGAUCUUCUGUGGACCAAUAACCUUCAGGCGUCACAAACUGGAGGUGUGUAUGAGAUUCCAUAAUGAAUCUCAUCAAGGGUUCAAAGGGGAUCAAAACAUUAAACUGGACUUUGCUGUAUCUGUCACUUUUGCUCAGAAUAAGGCUCAUGCUUAUUUGAUGCUUGUUAAUAUCUGGAGGGAUCAUAAGCCUUUUCCGGUAUUACUUGGACUUUGAGGCUGGUUCAGAAAAGUAUACACAGCUGUUGUAAUGACGUUUUUCGGAGAUUAUAAGGACCACAGACUUUGCUUUAAAACAAAUAUUCUUUGAUUAGAGCUCAUUUUCAGACUGAUUUCACCCGUCAGAGGUGAACGUUUGCUACUAUGGCACGGAAGCACUAUCUCAGAGAACCCUGUCUCCUGACAAGGACUACAAAACAUCUAAGGACUACAAACGUCAGACUCCUGCACUUUAUUUCCUUUAUUUGAUCCCCUCUGGCCUCCCUCCCCCCCACCCCGCUCUUCUUUUCUAAAAAGGGAUGAUUUGCCCAGAGGGAUUAUAACGAACAAGGGAUUAAACAAAAAGACGCUGCUAUUUGUCCCCCUCCUCCCCCACUUUCUCAUCAUUUUAUUUCUCCAUCCAUCUUUCCAUCCAGUGCUAUUUAUGGAAAGUAUUUCACACUUCCUAAAAUACUUCCACCUCUUUCUUUUCAUUUCAUACAUCCUCCCAUAUUGCUGUCCUUACGUUUUUCCUCAAAGGUUUGCAAUGUGCAAUGGAAGUUGUCAUCAUAACAUACAAAUGUUGUCACCACCAAAAGUCCUUCUGGUAUAUAAUCUUAGUUAUCAUAACUCACUCAAGAGGAAUCCGUGGGAUCAGACUCUCUCUCAGCUAAUUCACAAAAAAAUGCUAGUUUAUUUGCUUUACAUGGUGUUUUCGUAAUUAUCCUUAAUAAUGCCAUGAAAUAUUUAUAGUCAUAUUUAUUUAUGGUUAGUGUACACAUUUGUGUCUGUAGUGAAACAUCCUCAAACAUCUAGCUUUCAUUGCAUAUUGCUCCCCUACAGUCAAACUAUUGUUCCCUCUCAAUUUCUAAUUGGCUGGAAAUACAACUACAUUAAUAGUGUGUUAUCUUAUACCUUCGUAUGAAGCAUAUCAAUAUUAUUAUUUGAGUCUCUAAUAUGGUGUGUUGGCCCAACGAUCCCCCCAAAUGUUUUUGUCGUAACUGAUUAUGGUUUUCUGUAUCAAUUCAUGAUGUAUGUCUAUUGUUGUUUUAAUGACUUCUAUGUUUUGUUUUAGGUUUAAAUAUCUCUGUAAUGUAUGGUUUUGUUGUUGUGUUCAUUCAUUUGUGUUCCGUAGCUGGUGAAGUUUCUGCAAGAGGCAUAGAAAGAGUUUGGCCAUUGAUUAAGGACGAUAUUAAAAAUAAAGUUAUGGACCCUAUUAUAUUAUACCACCAACUUGGACCAACUUCCUCUCCUACAAAUAACAUUUCAUUAUGGGACCUACUGGAAAUCAAACAUGAUGAACUGUUUAGUAAAGCUUUUGUAAAGAUAUUUGAACUAACCCAAGGGGAAAAAGUUGUAGCGAAAAAAGUUAUGGUCCUCAUUUAAUAUUUAAAAAGCCAAGACUGCAACGUUACAAAACGUCCUGUAUUCAGAUGAUUCGCAUAUAAAAGUGGUUUGUAGGAGAUAGAAGCGGUUUGAGGUCAAGAUGCACAACAAAGUGCAUUGCAAAUCAAAUCCUGGUGCACUUUAGCAACAAUGAUCACCUCACUAAUUUAAAGAAAUAGAAGAGACAAGGAGGUGAAAAUAAUUUAGUUAUAGACUGAGACUAACAAUCGGUAUCUUCGGGAAAAUGUAAUUAUGGCAUGCAUCCAGGUCUGUAGGGCAGUAACUUUAAAAAACGUAAUGGCUAAACUUUUUCUACGAACACAGAAACAGUGUCCUCUCACCUCCUGGUCUGCAGGUCUUGUGUUGUUGGUAGCUAAGUAUCUUAGCUAGCUGAAACCUGUUCCUAUAGCCUGUGUGUGUUAAGAAUUAUAAAUCAUAGUUUGUUACGUAAAGUUGCAGCAGCCAUAAUGACUAAGGGCCUCAAAGACUACCGUAUAUUGCCUGAAAAUCUAUGGUGUGUUGUGUUAUUUUGAUGAUUGUGGUUACGACAAUAAUGAUAUGAUGGUGAUGGUGAUGAAGCAUUUUCUGGUCAAUAUGCAUUGAUUUAA